AUGCUGCUCGUGCAAGUCGGUCGACCAUCUCUCGGCCGCAUCCAGGUGGAGCAGGCCAUGUUUCGCAUGGGCCAGCACAUUCAGCACCCCGUCGAACGGGUUAUCGUCCCCGUGGUCCCCGCUGUACCACCCGAUCUGCACGUCCGCGUUUUCAUAGUCCUCUGUCUCGGUGAAGGUCAAGCGGAUGUACGCGCACCAGCGGGCAAACGCGCGGGAAAACACGGCCCGCACCUCGCCGAGGUCCAAGUAGCUGAUCCCGUGGUCGGGAGAGAAGGCGUAGCUGAGGGGUGCGCUUAUACCAGCGUAGGGGCGGGCGAGGGGGAAGGCGCCGCCGGAGACAGCGGGAGAGAGGAUAGGCAGACUAGGGAGAAGAGCAGCAGCAAUAGUGAUGAUGAUUUAGAACACAAAAGUAACAUGGGGAUGGGUCAGUUUAUAUUAUAG